AAAGUGUUAAGAGAAUCCAGUGUACCUUAGAGGACACGUAAGGGGGAGGCGAACGCGUUUUGUUUUGGAGACCUUGCGGGAUACACACAGCACAAGCACCGAUGGAGAGAAGGGACCAUUAGCCAUAGUCCUGGGGAAAUACGCAGAAGCAGUAUUCCAUGUCUCUUCUCUGCCCUGUUAUUGAUGGGAAACCAACUGGACCGGAUCACCCACCUGAACUACAGCGAGCUACCCACCGGGGAUCCAUCGGGCAUCGAGAAGGACGAGUUGCGUGUUGGCGUGGCGUAUUUCUUUUCCGAUGAGGAGGAAGAGCUGGACGAUCGAUCGCAGUCGGACAGCUUUAAAGACAACAACAGCCCGAGCAAAGACGGUCCGGUUGCGCUCAACGAGAUCGAGUACUCGGCAUUCUGCUGCCAGGAAUGUAUAUACUCCAAACUGCGAGAGAACGAGGACCUGAAUGUUUAUUCGGUGAAAACUUUAUUGACCAUGUGCAAACCCGGGGAUCUACUGGAGUUAGUGGCCAACGCACAACCCCCGCACUGGGCGAUCUUUGAAGGGGAGGACCAGGUUAUUCACCUCUACAAGGGGGAGAUCCGCAAGGACAGCUUGUUUGAGAUCAGCUGCGGUCGGCAGGGCAGGAUAGUGAACAAUCGGUACCGCUACCGACCGCUGCCAGCUGAUUUGGUGAUGCAGAACGCGAGCGGGCACGUGGGGCUCAGCAGCGGCGAGAUUUGCUGGACGAACUCGGAAAGUUUCGCAGCCUGGUGCCGUUUCGGCAAGCGGGAGUUUAAAGCGGGCGGGGAGGCGCACUCGGUCGAGCAGCGUUACUUUCUCAAGGUGCACCUGUCCGAGAGCACCGCGCACACGCUCAUGUUCCGCAGCCUGGAGGAGAUGAUACGCGAGAGACGGCGCGUGGACGCCAGCGGCAUUCUGAAGGAGCUGUCGCUGGUGACCGGCAAGGAAUGAGCGCUUAGGACUCUCUGCAUGCCUUGAGCAAGGGCUGCUUACCUUUAUUUCAGGACUUUGGGAGGGUUGUGCGUAUUUGUGUGAACAUGUUUUGGCAAAGACAACGCCCCUUUUGGUUGUGCCGUGAGAACCGAUGGCCCCACUAAAGUCACCCUGUACCUUUAAAAAGGAAAAAGAUAAAACAUAAGGUGAGCCCUCAUCACAGAUCGCCCAUGAACUGAUACAGCCCCCUCAAAUUCGCACCCGAGCCCUGCUGCGGCAGAUGGUGACCACGAUGCGUUCAUAUGUCUGUGGCAAGCCGUUUUGACAUUUAUUCCUUAAGACUAACUAGCAUUUGUUUUUGUUGCCAACACUCAUUAAUCAUCAGUUACUAAUCAAACAGUUUCUAGUAUCUCUUCAAGUUAAACAGAGACCAGAAGCGCCUAUUCCAGUUGUUACUAGUAACAUUUUAAUCGUGCUAGUGAGAACUAUAAAGAAGCCAUUCUGACUAGUCAUUGCAUAUAAGCGAAAAGCAAAUGUUAAUAGUGAGAUGAAGAAUGUUACUUGUAACAUUUGAGAUCAAUAGGUGCUACUAUCUGAUUAGUAGCUUCUAGUACCUAAUGAAUGGCUACCAGUCAAACUGGAGUUGAAGAGUUCAUAUCUGAACCACAGAUCCAAAAGGCACUAGUAAAAUCGAAAAAGACACUACUGGACUACUUCUAUUUAAAAUAAGUACUGGUAACCUAAAAGCAUACACUAGUUGGUUUAAAGGAAUAAAGGUAAAACGGCUUGCCACAUGUCUCUAAUUUGACUGAACUCCAGAGCUUUAAUAUUAAACGUGGAGCUCCGUUAUUGCGCAUCUGUCCAGCUGCAUUAGUCCCUCCAAACCCCUACAGGCGACAACACACGAGCCUUUGUUUUCAUUCUGUUACCAACAAACGCAGCGAACAUUCUUCUGUUUUUGGAGUCCAUAUUUUUGUAUUUCAGUUAGUACGUUAAAAAAAACUGUUUUUAUUUAAAUAAACGUAGAUUGCCCUAUGAAAACUGCGUUGGUCUCUAGCUCUUUUUCAUACUGUUUUGCCUGCGUACAAAUGCAAUAAGCGAACACGUGCUGGCUGAGGCAGUCUCACGCAAGCGCCUAACCGAUGCAUUAUAAUUCACACAAGAACCUUCUGUAGUGUUCACAGUAUCGACCAUUCCUUCAUUUGAUUUUUGAUGGAUUUAUUUCCCGCCAGCAGGGCAGUCGUUUGUUAUCAUUGCUGCAUUAGUAUGCCUUAUGGGCAGCUGUUGAUGCAUGGACAUGGUGUCCUUUUGUUCCUGGCUUGUUAUGGUUGAUGAUCAUCAGCAUGUUUCUAACUUUGGAAACAUAGGAGACACUUCAGUCGCACCUGCAAAUAUUUCAUUCUGUAUUCCGUCCAUGUACUUAUACAUUGCACGUUUAUGACUGCUCUAAUCCAUACAUCCAGAUUAACUGCAGUCUCCAUUUUUGGCUGCAAGGUUUGCAUUAAGUAAUGGGAGAGCUGUGUAUAUGUGUGUCUGUGCGCAUAGACACUCUAGCACCAGUAAAUAUGGUCAUGCUCUGUUUGCUUUCCUAUUAGAGGCUGUAGGCUGCAGCUGGGAUCAUUUAUGCUUUAUGUUCAGUGAGGCUUGAUUGGCCCGCAGGUCUGUGUGGCUGGACUCUUUACAGAGCUGGUGCUGGCCAACACUAACAAGUCAUUCUGAAAAUCGGUUUGUACCUAAUGCAAAGCUGAAGUCCAUUUUUAGCAGGUUCACAUUUGUGUUGCAGGUUAUGAGGUUGUCAAGCACAAUGCGCUUAUGGAGUUACAUACUGAACUGAUGAUUAUUUCUCCCUGUGCUGUUAAUAAUUUAGUUGAAUAUUUACUAGAUUUAGCAGGCCAAUUCCUGUAGUGUGCACACUCUUUUACGGUUUAUUCUUUGUGUGACUAUUCCAGGUCAAACUGUUAAUCAUAUAUCUACAUCAUGCACAACAUGUUGUGUCAGGUGUGUCAGUUUGAGUCGUUAAUAUGGAAAGCGGAGCAAUUGUGCAAGUGAAUGAAUGAAAACAAGUGGGACAGGUUUCUAACGGCUUGGGAAAGCCUGCUCACAAAGCGUCCGAUGAGUUCAUCGUAGAUGUUACAGACAGGCGAAAUUACUAAAUGACUGCAGCAAAUUUUCCUGUCUUAUCCACAACCCAGUUUAACCAGAUGAUUAAUGAGAUGAAACAGUAUUGCGUUCAAUUUGGAUUUUUUUUUUAGUGCAAAUGAAGCCACUUUCACAGAAAAGAAGCACUAUGUUAUUUGUCUGGCAUCAUAAAUAAUGUGCUUUACUGUCCAUGGAAAGCAGUUAUUAAAUAAUGUUAUUAAAAAUAGAUAGUUAUAUACAUUUUCCAUUGUUUACGGCAUAAGUAAUUUAUCAAAUUAUAGAGAAAAACACUAUAAGUAGGCUUUUAUAUCAAGCACAUUCAUAUUGGUGGAACAAUGGUGUACGAUCACCGUUAAGUCUGUCAGAUCGUGGUAUUCCCAGGCAUUUUCCACCACAUAAAACUUCGUACUGCCCUGCAAGCCUUGUUAGUAUGUACUUUGACACUGUACUGACAAGUACGGUUGAGAAAUCCCAGACAGUAAUACUCACACGCUCAUUUUCUUUGGCUCAGAACAUGUCAUCGCCAUUGUCUCUCCACCACAUUGUUGUUCGCCAAUCCCAGCAGCCCCAGUAACCCAGUUUUUCACUAGACGAUUUGUGGGAUCCCCUUCCUUGACAUUACCCCCCCACCCCCGCUUCAUUUUCCCGUUCUCUGAGCCUGACAAUCUGUCACCUGUACCUGUUUUUUUUUUUUUUUUUCUAAUGCUGGAAAUUUAGGAUAGUGGGGCAGCGGGCUAUAUGUGGAGAAUUAGGACAGGAGUGAAGGAGCGAUGGGCUGAGGGAGUAGAUGUUGCCAACAUGAGCUGAACAGAAUAUCUUUAGCCUGAAACAAAGUCUGCCUCUCAGUGAUAUGCCAUAUGUGUGCCGUCCUGUGUGUGUGUGUGUGUGUGUGUUUGUGUGUGUAUAUAUGUGUGUCUGUCACACUUCGUAACCUGUUACUGGGGAAACCUCAGCCAGUCAUUUAGCUUGCGUCCACUGAAUAUUGUUUUACUUAAAGCAUGGAAAGAGGAUGAAUGCAUAUCCAGUGUUUUUAAAGGAGAGCUUGUUGGUUUUGCAUUGAUUAAAGAACGGUAAUGUAUUUUCUUUUGCUGAGGGAGAAUUAUGCAUAGCAUCUGUGCUUCUCAGAAAUCCUGCUUCUCUUUCAGACUCGAUCGGAUAUACAUUUAAACCAACGAGCUAGCUGAUAAUCUGGCUUCAGGAGUAAAGGAGGAAUUUAGUGUGUGUGUGUGUGUGUGUGUGUGUGUUUUCUUUUUGUCAAUUACAUUUCAUAGCAGUUUUAAAGAAUUUGUCUUGAUCUAAUAUUGCUGAAGUGAAGGUUUUUGGUGUACUAAGAAGAAACUACCUUGAGUUUUUGAAUGUAAUAUUCUGGUCCAGGAGUGUCGCUUGACCCUUUUUCCUGGGGUACAAGCUGCAGUGAAAUGCCACGGUGUAGGGUAGAACAGGGGCUAAAGGCACCCCGGGGUAAAAGGCGCCUUUGAUAUUAUUUUCCUCUAAACCACUAGAUGGCAGAAAAAUGUGGCGUAGCACUUUCCAAAACAUUCGCUUUACAACAUACACGUGUAAAAUUGUCUGAUACUUGACGCGAUCGCAGGCAACUGCGCAAAGUCGAUUCUGUGCUUACUUGAUCUAAUAUUUCACGUUUUAAAACAUGUCAUAGAUGUAAGUAGCAAAUGAGAAUUGUUUUGCUAAAAUUAUUCAAUAUAUCUUAAGACAAAGGUCUUAAUGAUUUUCAGUUUCGUUUAAGAAAAUUAAAACAGAAGUUUUUUAAAUAACGAAAGAAUAUGUACAAGUAUGGUAUUUGGGCUAAAAAGCGCCCUUGCUGUUGGGGCUAAAAGGCACAAUAAUUAACAUGAUAAUUAAUAGAAGGCUGACUUUUCCAUUUGUUGAUAUCAUAUAUUAUGUUGAGUGUCCAUCUUAGAGAUGGUUACGAUGUUUAGAAAGAAACCAUCAUAUUUGAAAACAUGCUAUAAAUCGUAUCGUAUAAUAAAAUACUGUUUGUUGUUACUACUGUAAAUCUAUAUUAAAUUAUUAUGGGAUCUCCUUCAGUGCUAUCAGAAUCUUUACAUUUUAAAAUUAUUUUGUUUUUGUAUUUUAAAAUAUGUUUUAUAUCAACACAUUUUAAAGACCGUAUAUUUAUUGAAUAAAAAAAUAAUAAUUUUAUUUAUUAAAACAAGUAGAAAAUAGUACAAACUUUGCUAAAGUGAUUGCUUUGAACAAGUAUUAACUUAUACAUUAUAUAAAAAACACAUUAUUUUAGCUAAAGUAUUUGUAUCAAUACUGUGAGCCUUCUACCCCACGCAUGUGGGGGUAAUGUAUUGCCACCUCAUGCAUUUAUGAGAUUUUUAAACAAACUUGUAUGAUAUAUUUUCACAAAAAAUCUGUUCCUCCAUAAAUGAUCAAUAGAAACGUAUGUGUUUUUCUGCAAUCAUACACUUUGGGCACAGUAAAAAUUACUUUUUUUUUUCUUAGGGGAUGCCUUUAGCCCCGUUGUACCUUACUGAUAAAAUAUUGCGGUAACAAUAAGGUUAAUUUUUUAACAACAUUAGUUAACAUGAACUAACAAUGAACAUUGUGUAAACUUUAUGUGAGCUAACAUGAACAAACAAUGAGCAACUGUAUUUUUAUGAACUAACAUUAACAGAUUAAAAGAUUUAAAAAAAGUGUAAUGUAUUAUUCAUAGUUCGUUCAUGAAAGUUAAUACGUUAACAAAUGACACCUUACUGUAAAGUCUUACCAGUGUUGCUGAUAAAUCAUGUGUCAGUUGGACUGACGUAUACUGACUUGUGAAUCAUUUUAUCUGGUAAUAUUUCAGCCGUCAAGUCUUGUAUGUUUUCUAUCAGCUGUUUAGAAUCAGAACUAGCGAAGCCAGAUUCGUGAAUAACUCUUUUGGUCUAAUCAGUCAAAUGGGUUAGCAGAAAUGUCGAAAUCGUUCGGCCAGUUUGCUUCCAUUGGACAGUUCACAUACGCACUGACAUGUUUGUAGUGGUUUCUCACACUGAAAUAGUAACAGGAUUUACUAUUUUUAGGAUUUACAAGAAUUAUAAGAUACUAAAGAAUUAUAAGAUACUAAACAAAAGCAUUGCAUUGCAUUGUAGCAAACGAAACUUGCAAAUGUCUUCUAUUGGUUGUCAGUGACAAAGCUCAUAUCCCAAACAGUAGCACAAAAAGUCUCAAAAUACGAAAAAAUAAAGAAAUUUGAUGGGUAGCCUGUGUUGCAGUACUGAUAAAAGGCUAGAAAUGCCCCAUUAUGGCUUUUCCUAUUAUUACUUUUUUCCCCUCCCAAUAUUCAGUUUCCUAUCCACAAAUUUCCUACGCCCCAUGAGGCUUUGCAUCAAAAGUGGGAGCGUCUUCCAGUUCGUAGUAAACUGGUGGGAUGUGACAUUCAUUCAUUCAACAGUUGACAGUAGUGAUGGGCAAAUAAAGCCUCGUGAAGCACUGACAUUUUCCUCUGAGUGUUUCGGGAAAAGAUUCAAAGCUUCCAGUUGUUUCGAAAACAGCACAAUCUGGUGGUUAAUAAAAAAAAAAUAAACCGGCCAAAAGCCUGGGAAAGAAACACUGUUGGGCGAAACAUUCACAACACAUUCCACAGAUCGACUCGAUACAGGCACAGAUAUAAGUCUAACAGUGUGUGUGUGUUUGUUGAAUUUCUGUCUCUGAUAAAUUCAUUUACCCUUAAACUGCGGCAUUAAAUGCUGGUACGAAUAUCUAUUUGAACUAAUAGAAGAAUAAUGUACACAUGAAGUGCAUACAUUAUGGCAAAUAUUUAAAUUUCCUGAAAUAAUCUGUAUUUUUCACAUUACUUGUAUGACUGUGUAUUUAAAAAUAUAAAUUAAUAAGUAAGAUCUGGAGGUUCAAACCAACACACAAAUUGAAUCGCGAAUUGAGGCUUGAUCUGCCACACCGCUUAACACAAACUCCGAUGCCUCGGUUCAAAUGUCACAUCACUAGUUAAUAGUCAUCCAAGUUUUAGCGAUUCAAACUUGCUAAUGAUGUGAGAGCACAACUUCGAACAGCACAUGUUGUCCCUGAGCACGUAACAACAUCUCUCAUAAAGGUUUGCAACUUUACAAAGUAAACAAAGAUCUGAAAAACACUUAGCUUCUCACUAAUUAAUACACAAAAUACCAUUGGUAUAACACUACUGCCGCCUCACCGGAAGUUGUUCCCACAGUCUUUUUUACAGUAGCGCCCCUCGAAAACAGCUUUUAAAAAAAGCAUUAAUGUUCAUUUGAAUCACAGCUUUUAAAUGAAGAGUCAAAGCCACUGUGAGUCGCUGUAGUGGAUGAAAUUAAAUGGAAAAAGUGAAAUGCGCAAAAGAGAUCUUUCAGUCUCUCUAACAGGUUUACAGCAGUUUCAGUAGUGAUUCAAGUAUAUUAUUGCAGUGUAUUGAAUUGUGACCGAGUUGGCUGUAUUUCAAUAUUGUUUUAGACUUUCCUUGAAGUACCUUUGAAUACCACACCAUGUAAAUACUGUGGUUUAUAAAUAUGUGAUCAUUCAGUACUAUGCUAGAUAUAAUGGUGUGCCAAAAAUGGUCUGGGGUGGUAUUAUAAGACCCAUCCAUAUGUUUCUUCCCCAUACAGAUGAAGAUAAUCAUCUUUAAAUCUCUAUAGCACAUCCAUAAUGAUUCUGUACUGCUAAGGGUUCAUUGAGAUGGACUCACUGUAGCAGGACAUAGUGAUUCGGUCAGAGCUACAGUGUAUAGGGGAUCCUUAGAGAGUAGAUUAGACUCUAGGUCAUAUCAUAUUAUAGGCUCUUUUUAUAAUGCCACAGCAUAAUGCGCCACAUUGCAGAAUUCAGCAAAUUCUGUUUCACGCUUCUAAGCGAAAGACCGCUGCUGGCUGUGAAAGAGCGCUGUCUGAUAAAAAUUCAAGCAGAGUUCCAGAAAGCAUCUACAAUGACUCAACAAAAUCAACAUAUAGUGCGUGAGGCGAACAGCCAGCUAAGACUUGCAUUUUAAAUAGCAGAAAACUUGAUUUUUUCCCUAUCGAUCAUCACAUCAGAGCGUGUGCACCAGACCUGUUUUGAAAGCCAGAAACGGCCACUGGACGCCGUCUGAGAUGUUGUGCCACCUGUAGAACAAUGAGGUAGAUUGUUUACGCAACCCCCAACAGCCUCAUUAUGUUAAUGCUUUGUGUUCUUGUGCGAGUCCCUGCUGACCCCGACAGUCUCCCCCGCUCCCUUUCUUUUUAUGUUUACUCGGCUCCUACUAGGCUCACAUUGGCUUACGCUGGGCCACGCCAAAGUUCUUGGUCUGUACCCAAUUACUGCAAAAGUGUUCGCUCCUCUUGCUGUCUCCCUCUACACCGUACAGUGAACACGGACAGCGACGGCAUGGGAAAAACAACCUGCCUCAUGAAAAAUGACAGCUCUCCUUUAAAAAAAUGAAGCAAUCUCUCACCAAUCUCUCUAAGGUUUGGAUCAGAAGAGGCCUGUUUCUUUUGUGAGGGGAACUGAGACUUGGUGUAGUUUUGGCUGAGGAAAAAUGGAGAUUUCACAGCUGCUAGUGAGAUACACUGUAGCAUUGUAGAUUGUGGUCCUAUAAGAAAGUAAUGUCACAUGAGAUCUAAUAUCUUCUAAUAUCUAAUAUCUAAUAUCUGAUAAUAGAUUUGUAAUUUUUUCAGGUAAACUGUCUCUUUAAAGGAGAAGUCCACUUCAAGAACAACAAUUUACAGAUAAAGUACUCACCCCCUUGUCAUCCAAGAUGUUCAUGUCUUUCUUUCUUCAGUCGUAAAGAAAUUUUAU